CCCAACUACCCCAUGGGCCUCCAUUUAAAACUUAGGACAUCAUCUCCACCGUCAAAAUUAAAUCCCACGGUCUACAAAAAUUGGGCCUCAAUCAUAGCUUUAAUCCACUCAGAUUCAACAUUAAAAGCCUACGACACCAUCCUAGCCGUUCAAAUAAAAGCGGGAUCUACUCUCUUGCUUGUAUACAGAGGAAAAGCUGAAGCAGAGCUCAGAUCGAUCGAGCGACGAAAAAUGAGGGCCGGAUCUGUUGUUAUCUGCUUCGCUGCUUGUUUGUUUCUGUGCGGCGCGGUUGUUGCGAAGGAUUUGAGCAAGGAAUGCUCGGAUAACCUUCAGAAAGUGACGGCGUGUCUGGACUUUGUGACGGGAAAAGAGAAGACGCCGACGAAGGAGUGUUGUAGUUCGGUGAAGGAGAUAAAGGGGAGUCAACCGCAGUGCCUUUGCUUUAUCAUUCAGCAAGUUCACAGUGGGAACGAUAUGGUCAAAAGCUUGGGGAUUCAGGAGGCUAAGUUGCUUCAGCUCCCUUCGGCUUGCGCCUUGACUAAUGCUACUGCCAGUGAUUGCCCCAAGCUUCUAGGUUUGGAUCCCAAAUCACCAGACGCGGCUAUCUUCUCCGGUAAUUCGUCAUCAUCAGCAGCUCCAGCCACAGCAGGAACAACGACUGCAGCUCCAACAAAAGUUGAUGACUCUGAUGGAACCAACCACGGACCUAGCCUGGCUGCUCCUCUGAUGAUUGCUCUGGUCAUGUCUCUAUGUGCAUUCCCUCCUGGGUUUGCCUCAGUGUUUUAACUUGUGGGCAUGAAGGCUUAGAAAACUGGAGAUCGAAAAUCAUGCAUUACUCACUUGUCUGUUUCUUUCAACUUUCUAGGAGCUUUCCUGUCAUUUUCUUUUGCAUCUCUUCUAGUUUCUGCAACUUUUCUGCUUCAAUGUAAACAUUAUCUUUGCUUUCAUGUUUGUUUUUCUUCAUCUGAUAUUCCAACUACAAUCAAAUCA